AUGAUAUUGUUUGGUUUUCACAAUGUUUGGCUGUUUCUAUCGAUUGUUAGACAAAUAUCGGGUAUUUCAUACAAUCAACCAAAACUUUGUGCAAAUGCAACGUGGAACCAGACGGCUAUAACUUUUGCCAAUAUCACCACGGUUGGCACACAACCUGUAGGCAUGUUUAUCAAUACAGAUAACAGCGUUUAUGUAGCUGAUCAAACGAAUGGGAGGAUUCAAGUGUGGCUUAACGGAAGUACUACACUUACAGGCACACUCUCGGGUAACUUAUCCGUACCUAAUAGUGUUUUCGUUACGGACAAUAGUGAUGUUUAUGUCGACAAUGGCUACACAAAUUAUCGGGUUGAUAAAUGGGGAUGGAAUUCAACAAGCAGUGUUCCAGCAAUGUAUACGUGUGGACAAUGUUACAGUCUUUUUGUCGAUAUCAAUAAUAUGCUUUACUGCUUAAUGGGUGCGUAUCAUCAAGUUGUCUCGAAGUCACUGAACACACGUUUAAAUGUAUGGAGUAUUGUCGCCGGUACAGGUACAGCUGGAUCAACAUCGGUUACACUUAACUAUCCAUACGGAAUCUUUGUCGAUAUUAACUUGAAUUUGUAUGUAGCUGAUACUUACAACAAUAGGAUUCAAAAAUUUGCCUCAGGACAAUUGAACGGAACAACAAUAGCAACAGGACCCAUUGUAUUGGCUGGUCCAACUUCUGUUAUACUUGAUGCUAAUGGGUAUAUCUUUAUUGCUGAUUGCUGGAAUAAUCGUCUUAUUGGCUCAGGGCCUAAUGGGUUUCGAUGUAUAGCAGCAUGUUCUGGAUCAUAUGGUUCAUCAUCUAGCCAAUUAUACAAUCCACGUGUCAUCAGUUUUGACACCUAUGGAAAUAUAUUUGUCACCGAUCAACAAAAUAACAGAGUGCAAAAAUUGUUUUUGUUACCAAACUCAUGUAAUGGAACGACAUCAGUAACAACUAUCGCCACAGUAACUUCAAUGAAUAAUACUCAAUCAGUUUCUUUAACAACAACAACUGCAUCAUAUUCAAAUCCUAUUUCAUACAAUAUGCCAAAACUCACUGCAUAUACUUCUUGGAGUUCCAAUGGAAUAACUUUUGCGAACACCACUGUGAUCGGAACAUAUCCUUACGGUGUAUUUAUUGAUAAUAACAAUACGGUAUAUGUAUGUGAGUAUUCUUUAAAUCGUGUUCAAGCAUGGCCUGAAGGUAGUAGCAAUCCCACAAGAACUAUUUCUGGUAGUUUAAACCUGCCAUAUACUGUUUUCGUUACAAGUAAUGGUGAUAUUUAUAUUGACAAUGGUAAUGUAAAUAAUAGAGUGGAUAAAUGGACAUUAAAUGCCACAAAUAGUACUGUGGCAAUGAACGUCAAAUAUAUCUGUGCCGGUCUUUUUAUCGAUAUUAAUAAUAAUAUUUAUUGUACACCACUUAAUUAUCAUCAAGUUAAUACGAAAUCAUUGAAUAGUAAUUCAAAUAUGUGGACUAUUGCUGCUGGUACAGGCUGUUCUGGAUCAACAUCAAAUACGCUUCAUGAUCCUCGUGGAAUUUUUGUUGAUACAGAUCUUAAUUUAUACGUUGCUGAUUUUACCAAUGAUAGGAUUCAAAAAUUCCUAUCUAAACAAGUAAAUGGGAUAACGAUUGCAGGAACUGGAGCAACAGGAACUAUUAGUCUUAAUGGUCCUAACGGAAUUGUUCUGGAUGCAGAUGGUUACGUAUUCAUUGCGGAUUUUUACAAUAAUCGUAUUGUUGGAUCAGGACCAAACGGAUUUCGUUGUUUAGUAGGAUGUUCAAGUAUUGCAGGUUCAGCAUCUAAUCAACUAAAUCUUCCAACAAGUUUAAGUUUCGAUAGUUACGGUAAUAUGUUUGUUGCUGAUAGUUCCAACCAUCGAAUACAAAAGUUCAUUUUAAUAAAUACUACUUCUGAUUUGAUUAUUAAUCAACCAAGCUUCUGUCCAUCUACAACAUGGUAUACAAAUGCUAUUACUGUCGCUAAUGUCACCACCGUUGGUGUUCAACCUUAUGGCCUUUUUAUUAGUAUGAGCAAUACUCUUUACGUAGCGAAUAUACAAAACAAUAGCGUUCAAAUGUGGCUAGAAGGAAGUGUAAAUCCUGACAAAACUAUUUCUGGUGGUUUGUAUCAACCUAGAAGUGUUUUCGUUGCACCUUUGGGCGACAUAUAUAUCGACAAUGGUGCCUCUAAUGGUCGAGUCGACCAAUGGUUCGUAAAUGCAAAUAGUAGUGUUCCUUUUAUGACAGUUUCCAACUUCUGUGGUAGUAUUUUUAUUGAUAUUGAAAAUACUCUCUAUUGUUCAGUAAGUAACAAUCAUCAGGUUGUCAAGAAAUGGUUAAAUGAUAACAUGACUGCGUCAACUAUUGUUGCUGGUACGGGUACUGCGGGAUCGGCUGCAAACAUGCUUAAUUUACCUUAUGGAGUCUUUGUUGACGUUGAUAUCAAUUUAUAUGUUGCAGAUUGCUCAAAUAAUAGAGUGCAGCUCUUUCCUUUAGGGCAGUCAAAUGGAAUAACUAUAGUUGGAAGCGGAGCACUAUCAACUAUUUCACUCUAUUGUCCAAAUGGAAUUACAUUUGAUGCCAAUGGUUAUCUCUUCAUUGUGGAUCAAAACAAUCAGCGAGUUGUUGGAUCAGGACCAUAUGGUUUUCGAUGUAUAUUCGGAUGUACAAGUGUUACUGGUUCAGCAUCUAAUCAAUUCUAUUAUCCACGAAGUCUUAGCUUUGAUAGCUAUGGAAAUCUUUUUAUCGUUGAUCAAUAUAAUUCAAGAAUUCAAAAAUUCAUUAUAGCGUCAAAUUCUUGUAGUCUUUCUUAUAAUCAACCAACAUUUUGUUAUAAUGCUUUAUGGUAUUCUAAUGCGUCAACUUUUGCAUCGAAUAGUACAAUUGGUACGUUACCUUAUGGUAUUUUUAUUAAUGGAAUUAAUACUGUGUAUGUACCUAAUCAAGUUAAUAAUACUAUUUUAUCAUGGCCACAAGGAAGUGAUACAUCAACAAGUAAUAGUUAUAGUAAUUUGAGUAAUCCAUAUAGUCUUUUUAUGUCUAUGGCUGGUGAUAUUUAUCUUGAUAAUGGUUAUUUAUAUGGUCGGGUAGAUAAAUAUAUAUUUAAUACAUCAAAUCGUGUUACUGUUAUGAAUGUUAAUGGAAGUUGUUAUGGUUUAUUUAUUGAUAUUAAUAACAAUCUUUAUUGUUCCCUCAAAAAUCGUCAUCAAGUUGUUAAACUCUUACUUAAUAAUGGUACAACCAUUCCGACAAUCGCAGCUGGAAAUGGUUCUGCAGGAUCACUAUCAAAUAUGCUUAGUUUUCCUCAAGGAAUCUAUGUUGAUAGUAAUUUAAAUUUAUAUAUUGCAGACAGUGCUAACAAUCGUAUUCAAUUCGUUCGAACUGGUCAAUUAAAUGGAGUGACGAUCGUUGGUAAUGGUUCAUCGACAAAUAUUAUACUCAACUAUCCAACUGGAAUUGUCCUUGAUGCGAAUGGUUAUUUAUUUAUUGUCGAUAGUUAUAAUCAUCGUAUUGUUGGUUCAAGUUAUUAUGGUUUCCGAUGUAUAGUGGGAUGUUCGGGAGGUGGUUCAUCUGCGUCUCAAUUAUCUUUUCCACAAAGUAUGGCUUUUGAUAGUUAUGGAAACAUUUAUGUUACUGAUCGAAAUAAUAGUCGAGUGCAACAAUUCACUCUUCAAACUAACAAUUGCAGUAAGUUAUUUUUAUAUAAUGAGACAUUAUGA